CGAUCCAUUCGGUUCUUUUCCGCCGACGUCGAUCAUCCGCCUUCCGCCGAGUCGACAAUUAUCGGGCCGUCUCCGCCCCAUCUUUAUCCGUCAUCCGACUUUGCUACCACCACCGCCAUCAUGUUCGCCAGGGACGCCAAUGGACACACUGUCCAGCUCCUCAACGAUGAUGAGCCUCAAAAAGCCCCCCAGGUCCAGUAUCAGCCGAUGCCUUACCGCGCGCCAUCCAGCUUUGGACAACCCUAUCACCCCGCCUUGACCAGGAGUAUCUCGUCGUCGCCAAACACCCCAGAGCUGCUCCGAUCCGACUCCUAUGACUCUCAAAUGAGCAACGAGCCCAUCUCUCCCAUGACUCCCAUCUAUGACUAUAGCCGGGGUUACCCUAUCGAUACUCGGCCUUAUGAGGACUACUCGGACGCCCACAGCUACAUUGGUGCGAAGAGGCCGCGUACCAUGAGCGACAGCAGAUCCAUGUCUUACGAGGAUGAUGCUGCCAGCCCGGCGGCCACCGAAAGGACCGGCAAGCGGUAUCCGUGCAGGUAUCGGGACAGCCAUGGCUGUGAGAAGACCUUUACCACAUCCGGCCACGCUUCGAGGCAUUCCAAGAUUCACACCGCCGAAAAGGCUGUCCCCUGCUCGUUCCAAGGCUGCACCAAGAAGUUCACACGGGCCGACAACAUGAAGCAGCAUCUGGAAACACACUACAAGGACAAGUCGCGCUCCUCUACCCGACCAUCUCUAGCUGGAGAGCGCAAGUCUUCUUCCUCAGGAAAGUCCUCCCGAUCCAAGUCAACAACGUCAGUAACAACCGUCACCACUGCCGCUAGCCCAGCCGCACUACCACUCACACCUGGGGUUGGGAGUGCCUGGGACAUGCGUGGACUCAACCUUCCUCUUCUGAGCCCCUCGAUCGCCAUGCCAACACCGAGUAGCGGGCUAGACGCUUUGGCUAUGGCAGUUGCCUGCCAAGAAGGGUCUUCUUAGUCAAUUUUACAUCUUAAUAUGACCCUUUUCUUCUUUUAGCUCUGCGUCGGUGUUUCUCGGAGGAUUGAGCAUCGUGUGUCUCGCCACUGCCAGCUGACAGGCGUGUUUGAUGUCACACAUG